AUGGUAGUCGGUUCAAUGGAUACGUUUGAAAUUUUGAUCGCCACCGAUAUUCAUAUCGGUUUUGCUGAGAAGGACCCGGUUCGACGAGAUGAUUCAAUAAACACAUUUGAGGAGGUGUUGCAGAUCGCGCAGAAACGGAAUGUUGACUUGGUUUUGCUUGGCGGUGACUUGUUCCACGAAAGCAAGCCUUCUAGGUACUGUUUGUAUCGGUGUAUGGAGUUGUUGCGGAAGUACUGUCUCAGUGACCGACCGGUGUGCUUCGAGUUGGUCAGUGAGAAUGAGGCAAGCUUUGCGCAUUCUGCAUUUGCACACGUCAACUAUGAAGACUCGAAUCUUAAUGUCGGUUUGCCAGUGUUCACUAUCCACGGUAACCACGAUGACAUCGGUAGCAACGGUCUCGGAGCCAUGGACCUGUUGCACGUCUCCGGUCUGGUCAACUACUUUGGGAAGAAUACGACAAUGGAAAAUGUGACGAUUUCGCCUCUCUUGCUGCGGAAGGGAAAUACAACACUGGCACUGUACGGUCUUGGCGCCAUGAAGGACGAUCGUCUUCACCGUCUGUUCCUCGACCAUAAAGUCAGCUUCUCUAAGCUCCAAGAAGGAAGCUCUAUCGGUCUUUGCUUCAGCAUGAUGGUCAUCCACCAGAACCGCGCUCGUCACAACGUUUGUAACUGGAUUCCAGAAUCUAUGCUACCUGAUUUCCUGGAUUUAGUAGUUUGGGGCCAUGAACACCCGUGCUUGAUCGGUAAGCGAUGGGUUUGCCGAUGUAACAAAAGUUUCAUUAUUGAUACAUACAUAAGUAUGCAUCUUCUACCCUAUACACAUGCAGAAACAUUAAACAGUUAUUAAGA